AUGGAGGAGGUGGCAGAGGCUGCGGGGCCCACGGCGCCGGUGGACCGGAGGGUGGCGAGUGCCACGCUGACCUGGCGGCAGAAGCCGCCGGGUCCAGGCCGGGAGGAGGUGAGGCACCGGCUCCAUAAGGUCUCACUGGUGAGCAGUGGGGCGGACGGCAGGCCCGGGCCUGGGACUGAGGCCGAUGUCCGGUCAUCCUCAGUCUACGAGUACUCCCGGCACCGGGAGGUGGUGAACGGCGUGACCACCAAGGAUGAGGAGAGCGAGAGCUACCGGGGUCCUCGGGGUGAGGAGCCACAAGGGGCCCUGGCCCAGGACUCCUCCCCUGACCCCCGGAGGAGAUUUCUCAGCCACGGGCCCAUCUUCUCCAAGAUGUUCACGCCCCCACCCAAGGGCAAGAAGCCCACAGGGCGCCCAGAGAAGGGGGGCGACAGCAGGGUCCCGGCCGAGAGCACCCCCGGACACGAUCUCCCGGGCCCCGAGAUAGGCUCUCAGGAGGAGCCCCCGGGUCCCGGUACUUGGGGGGCUGGCCACGGCAUCCCCCGGGCCCUCAACUCAGCCAUCGGCUGCCAGGCCGAGCGGAGGGUGACACGCACUGUCCGAACCACCACCAUCGCCGGGGGCCAGAUGGAGAGCCAUGUGUCCACCACGGUGACGUCGAGCCCAGUGCUCCCUGGAGGACUGCCGCGGGGUCGCCACGUGUCCCGCACGAUCCGCACGUUGACCAUGGUGAACCCCCAGCCCGGCGCUCCUGCCGCCCGCCCCUCCAGCCCCAGCCGCCUCCCCGGCUCCCCGAGCCGGAGCCAGGCGCUGGAGAUCAUCAGCACUUUGGUCCCGGGGGCACCAGCGGACCCCGGGCCUGCCAAGUCUGGAGACCCCACUCGGCCCCGUGGGACGAGGCCGAGCCGGCUGCCCCGCGCUGUGGCCUGCCCCACAGAGGGUGGGUCGCGCCUGCUCAGCUCUCGAGGUGCAGCUGGACACCCAGAGGGCACAGACGGGGUAGUGCCGGUCAUUGUGGUCCUCACCCCGCCUGAGGCCCUGGGGGUCAUAGGGAGAGAGGAAGGCGGCAGUCAAGUAGAGGCUGCAGGGGAGCCGGGGGCCGGACGAACAGACGUGGGUGCCGAACUCGAGGCCUGCUCCCCAAAAGAGGCGAAUGCGAUGCCCAUUGGGGUGUCUGACAGAGACCAGCCACGGGAGGCCUGCCAAAGUGCAGCUAAAUUGGGGUCCCCUCCCCUCGGCUCAGCCACCCGGAGGCGGGGCCAGACUCCCAGGGAGGAUGGCCCUAGGGAGACUGAGGCUCAAACCUCACCUGGUGGGGAAGGGGGCCCGUGUCCCACAGACCCCGAGGACCUAGAACCCCCUUGCUCCCCUGAAACAAGCCCCAGGUCCCCAACCCCUACUGACCACCCCCCUAAGGCGAGCCCCCCGAUUCCAGAUACCUGCUCCACAGCGGCAAACUCUUCUCCUCCUUCCUCAGCUGGAUCCCCAGAGUCAAGCCCCCCUCCCCACACUGACCAUCCUCAGGGAGUGAGCCCCCCGUCUCCCACUGCCCAAACCCAAGAGGUCAGCCCCCCGGCUCCGACAGCCGCUCCCCAGGAGGGGAGCCCUCCACCCGGCACUGUCCACCCCCGAGAGAUGAGCCCCCUGCCCCCCGCUGCUGGCCCCCAGGAGAGGAGCCCCCCAUCUCCCACUGCCCACCAUCCCGGGGAAAAUGAGGUUCCAGACCCAGGCUCCGGGUCCACUGCAGAAAGGCUCCCCGGGCCGAGCGACCCCUUGGCCAUGGCCCCGACGGAAUCCGCGGCCGUGAUCCCAGCUGGACCCCCAGUGACUGGAUCCCAGGGGGAGGCGGUGACUGCGGAUGACGAGGCGGCGCUGACGGCUGACCUGGAGCUGUUUGUGGACACUCUGCGCAGCAUGGAGACCCCCGACAUCCUCCGCACCCACAAGCUGCCCCGUGCGCCCCGCUCCUCCUACCUGGCUGUGUACGCCACGCUGCCCGCCAUCGAAGAGGACCAGGCCGGCCCGCAGGCCUUCAGCCCCCGCGCCUCUGUGGCCCCUGUGGAGGAGCCAGAGGAGCUGGAGGAGCUGGAGAACCCUUACCUGAGCGACGACGAGAAGCUACAGCGACGACAGAAGGCCCAGGAGGCCCAGCAGUCCUUCGUCUGGGAGAACCUCCCCCGACGGCCGGCCCAGGAGAACCCCUCCCCACUGGAGAUGAUGAAGAGGCAUGCGGCAGCGGCGGCAGCGGCCGACAGGACUGGGGAGCCCGGGGGUCCGGCCCGGCCCGGGGCCCUGAAGGCUUCGGAGUUGCUGGCCGAGAGGCUGGAGAAGCGAAUCAGCAUUCCCUCCCGGCUGGGCAGCAGUAUCCUCUUUGGGAGCGUCCAGGCCCUCAGGGAGGGCGGGCCAGGCUCUGAGACGUCCCCCGCAUCCACCACCCCGGAGACCCUGGGUACCAAGCUCUCUGCCCUGCAGCCCCACAAGGUUCCCGCCUUGAAGAAGUCCCCGGGGCAGAUGCCCUUACUCUCUGAUGGCAAGGAAUCCAGGAAGUCAGUGCCACCGCCGGCCAAGGCCUGUAGCUACAAGAAGAAGGAGCGUGGGAAGCUGAACACAAGGCCCGGGAAGAUCGUCCUGUUCUCAGAGCCAGGGUUCCAAGGGACGCGGCGUGAGAUCUGGGGGGAUGUGGCCGAUGCCACCGCCUGGCCCCUGUGCCAGGCCAUAUCCAUACGGGUGGUGCGAGGAGGGUGGGUGUUGUAUGAGGAGCCCCAGUUUCGGGGACGGAAGCUGGCCCUGGCUGAGGGAGACGUGGAGCUGACAGAGCCGUGGGGACCCCAGAGCCCCGCCAGCAUCGGCUCCCUACGCCGGGUGGUCACGGACUACAGCAUCCCUGAGAUCAGCCUGUUCACGGAGGAGGCCGGCGGGGGGACCCAGGUCACACUGACUGGUCCCUCGGACGAUCCCCAGGGCCAGGGCCCACUUCUCCCGGGGGCUUCCAUCAUCGUCUCAGCCGGACUGUGGCUGCUUUAUUCCAAGCCUUCCUUUGCCGGUCACCCCCACGUCCUGGAACCUGGGAACUACCCCAACCUGGAGGCCUGGGGGGGCUCGGAACCCCACGUCGGCUCCCUGCAACCUGUGAGACUGGGCUGUCCCACCGUGGAGAAGCCUGGGGAGCCCAAGGCCGUGGUGUUUGAGGGCCCCAACUUCGAGGGUCCGAGCUGGACCGUGAGCCGGGACAUCUACCACCUCCAGAAGCCUGAGGAUGAGCAGAGCCCCCGGGUGGCCACGGCAGGUUCCCUACGCAUCCUCGGGGGCUGCUGGGUUGGCUAUGAGAAGGAGGGCUUCCGGGGCCACCAGUACCUGCUGGAGGAGGGCGACUACCCAGACUGGACCAGCUGGGGUGGCUUUGACGAGGCGCUGACCUCCCUGCGGCUCAUCCGGACGGACGUGGCCGACCCAGCCGUGGUCCUCUUCAAGGCCAUGGACUUUGAGGAUGGGCCCAGCGUGGAGCUGAGCGAAGCCCUGUCCGACGUGGAGCUGGCCAACUACGGGCCUGUCACCCAGUCCAUCCACGUGCUUAGCGGCGUGUGGGUGGCCUAUGAGCACGUGGACUUCUCGGGAGAGCAGUUCGUGUUGGAGAAGGGGGUCUACCGUAACUGUGACGACUGGGGGUCCGGCAGCGGCACCAUCAACUCUCUGCAGCCCAUCCUGCAGGUUGGGGAGCACAGUCGGCACUUCCUCUCCAAGAUCCAGCUCUUCUCCGGCCCCGACUUCCUGGGCGAGCAGGUGACUUUUAAGGACGAUCAGCCGGCUCUCCCCACCGCCUUCCAGCCCCAGUCUUGCCGCGUGCAAGGCGGCAGCUGGAUCCUCUUUGAUGAGACGGAGUUUGAGGGCAAUCAGCAUGUGCUGUCAGAGGGAGAAUACCCGACCCUCACGGCCAUGGGUUACUUCGCCUCCGCCAUGCCACGCUCGCUCAGGAAGGUGCCUGUGCACUUUUCAGAGCCGUCCAUCUUCCUGCACGGCCUCGAGUGCUUCGAGGGGAAGGAGAUCGAGCUGAACCACGAGGUGCGGAGCCUGCAGGCCGAGGGCUUCAAUAACCACGUGCUGUCAGUGCGCGUCAAGGGCGGAGUCUGGGUCCUGUAUGAGCACAGUGACUUCCGUGGACGUCAGUGGGUCCUGGACUGCACUGAGAUCACCAACUGGCUCACCUACAGCGGUACCCAGAAGAUCGGCUCCCUCUACCCCAUCAAGCAGCGGCGGGUUUAUUUCCGUCUGCGGAACGAGGAAAUGGGUGGCUUUCUGUCGGUUCCGGAGGACGUGGAGGACAUGAAGGCCGGGCGCGUGGUGGUCUCCAAGCUGCAAGACAAGAGCAGCUUCAUCUGGUACUACGAGGAGGGACUCCUCAAAAACCAGGCGGCCCCCACGAUGAGCUUGCAGGUGAUCGGGCCGCCCAGCCAGGGCUCCAAGGUGGUGCUGUGGGCGGAGAGCCGCCUGCCCCGCCAGACCUGGGCCAUCGAGGCAGAUGGCCACAUCUCCAGCCAGAUGUUCCAGGACAAGAUCCUGGAUGUCAAAGGGGGCCGGACCUACGACCGAGACCACGCGGUGCUGUGGGACGCCAGCGACGAGAGGCCAUCUCAGAUCUGGGGUGUCCAAGUGCUCUGAAGCCCAGACCAAGCCACCCCUCUCUCCUCUCCCCCAGCACCCCACCCUGUCCGGUGUGGGACCCCAGAGAGCCUGCAGUGCUGCCUGAUGGCAGCGGGGAGGGAAGAACCAAGCAGUCAUGGGGUGAAGAUGGGCCCCCUGUCGCUGCCCCAGGAUGGCCCUGGGGCUGUUUGUGCGGGCAGAUGCCGCUGCCACUGCUGUAAU